AUGAGGAUUACAACAAAUCAAAAACAAAAACAAAAACAAAAACAAAAACAAAAUCAAAAACAAAAACAAAAACAAAAUCAAAAUCAAAAUCAAAAACAAAAACAAAAACAAAAACAAAAACAAAAACAAAAGCAAAAACAAAAACAAAAACAAAAGCAAAAACAGAAACAACAACAGCAAAAACAAAAAACAACGACAACAACAAAAACAAAAAACAGAUGUAGUGAUAUUGAUGAUGACAAUUUAAUAUAA